GGGGGCGGACGGACCGACCGUGCCCGGGGGCGCGCGUGUAGAUUCGGGCCGAGUGCUGGCCAGAAGCGAAAGCGGCAGAUUUGUCGCCUGGGCAUCUCUGCCCUCUCCUCACCUGUCGCGGGUGGACUUUGGGGCGGGUGGUAAGCAGAGGAAAGGGGUUUCCAGGCGGGCGGCAGUCACACGUUGAGCAGGCGGCCCCAUUGUGAAGCUGCCAAACUCUCUCUAGUGGUGGAAUCUGCAAAUCUGCCAGCUAGGCGAUGGGAACAUGAAGGGAAUGAUGGCCCCGUCCCUUUCCCCUUGCAAAUGUUCCACAUCCUUAGGAUCUUCCUGCUUCUCUGCCCGCAGCACUUUGCACUUGGGUGGGUUAGUUAUCUGUGUCCAGCCAAGAUGCUGAGAGGUAUCUGGAGUAGAGCAGAAGAAAUAUUAUGCCUGUGUUCCCUUGGGACUCAUUGGACAUUCUACAGUGACAUCUUCUGGGAUUUAGUCUGGAGUGUGCCGCCUGGUGCCUACCAUGGAAGUCGAUGUCAACGGAGAGUCCAGAAGCACCCUGGCCACGCUGCCCCUGCCGGUGGCCGAGGCGAGCUCCCCCGGCAAGGCCGAAGCGGAGAAGCCCCGCUGCUCCAGCACGCCGUGCUCGCCCAUGCGCCGGACUGUGUCGGGCUACCAGAUUCUGCACAUGGACUCCAACUACUUGGUUGGCUUCACCACUGGCGAGGAACUCCUGAAGUUAGCCCAGAAGUGCACGGGAGGUGAAGAGGGUAAGGGAGAAGCUGUGCCUUCCUUGCGCUCCAAGCAGCUGGAUGCAGGACUCGCGCGUUCCUCCCGUUUGUACAAAACCCGAAGUCGGUACUACCAGCCCUACGAGAUCCCGGCGGUGAACGGCAGGAGGCGAAGGCGGAUGCCCAGCUCAGGAGACAAGUGCACUAAAUCUUUACCUUACGAACCUUACAAGGCCCUCCACGGGCCUCUGCCUCUUUGUCUUCUUAAAGGUAAGAGGGCUCACUCCAAAUCUCUGGACUACCUCAAUCUAGAUAAAAUGAGCAUCAAGGAGCCAGCGGACACAGAAGUGCUCCAGUACCAGCUCCAGCACCUCACCCUCCGAGGGGACCGUGUGUUUGCCAGGAAUAACACAUGAGCCAGGGGCAGAGAGUACCGACCAGUGUAGGUCAGCGUCCGCUUGGCUGGGAAAACCCACUGUCGUUCUCUGUACAGGACUCCUUCACAUUAUAGAUGGUUAUAUCAGCUCAGUGUUCCUGGAACCUAAAAAUUGUCUGGAUCAAAAUUUGAAUACAGGAAUGAAAUCACAGGUACUUGGGGGGAAAUCGUUCUAGAGCACGCCACUGCAAAGAAAACAGAAUGUCGGCCAUUAGUUUGAAUAGCUUUUUAGCUAGGGGGAAGAAAGGCUGUGGUCAGUAAUGCCAUCUUUAUGAUUCUGACACUCAAAUUGGGAAUGUUAUCUGCUUGGUUAUUGCUGACUUGGUAUGAUUCAUUAGAAAAUUAUAUCUUUAAGUACUCAAGUACUUCUUUAAUCUCUGUAUUUUACUAUACGAUGUAUGUAAUGAUUUGUUUUAUGAAAUUUAGAACUUGAACAUUGCUGAAUUGGACCACUUUUUAUUUUUAAAUAUUGAGUUUAAAUAUUUUAUAACUGGUUUUGCACUGAAAAAUUUAACAUUUCAGAUUGACAAGAGAAUAAUCUGUCUUCACUUGCCUCAAUAAUACUGUUGAGCAGUGGAUUUUUUUAUUUCCGCAUGGAAAGUUAUGGAUCUCUAUGGCUGUAAAAUAUUUCUUUAUAGCAUUAUUAAAGUGUGUCUUAAUACAAUUAAAUUUGGGAUACAAAGUAUUUAUUUUACAAUGGGUGGGGGGGAAGCUUUUCCAGAAAGUUUCCAAUAUGAAGUUUUCAUAAGUUAAAAAAAAGUUUCCUUAGUGCUUACUUUCUAAGUUAAAAAUUCAUCUGGAACUUUAAAAUAGAGAGGAUUCUUUUAAUUACGGAUGAUAGGCAUAAUACUGUUUGCAUCUGAAUGUUCUGUAAGUGAAUGAAACUUUUAGUAGAAGGACUCAUGAUUUCUACUAUCGAAUGCUUAAACUAAGUAUGGAGUGAGACCAUUCAGCAUGGCAUCCGGGUUAUUCUAGUUUUAGUUCUGUGCAGCUCAAGCGCUCGUUGAAAUUCCAGUUUCUAGGAUUAGUGUGGGAGCCUAAAGUGCUUCUGCAGUUUUAAUGGGUUAAUCCUGGAUUACUUAACAAUUUGUGUCAAUUGCACUGGUUUAAUUUGUUGCUAAAGUAAUAACGCCCUGGCUUUAGUAACAAAUACAGCUCAACUAUUCUUGAAUAUAUUUUGAGAAAAAUGUAUGUAACUUAACUUUUGUAAAAGUUUCUAUUUCUUUUUUUUCUUUUUUGACUCUUGAAGGUGCAAUUUAUUACCAAAUUGGCAUUUCUGGCAGCAUAGAACUGCUUAUUUUAAAUUUUAGUUUGGGGGCUGUGAGUUUCUUAGGUGUUAGCAGUCUUGCUUAUAAAAUAAGAACACCUUUUAUUAACGAGUGGAUCAUUCUUGGCGCAGAUAUGACUUUCCUUUAACCAGAAUGAAUGGCAAACUCUGUUUAGAGCAGAAUAAGUAUCAGAAAACCCUAGAACUCUUAAUCAACAUUUAUUAGACUUUCACUGAGGCAAACCGUGUGAAAGCGCCUUGGGGAAGUUGACCCCUCUCUUACUGAAUUGAUCAGAUUUCUUGGUGGGCUGGAAAUUUUCAGCUGUUGUAUAUUUUAAAGUAAAUUGCACCUUUGUAACAUAAUUGUAUUGACGAAUGAUCACUAAGAUUAACUAUCUAUACAGUCAUUAGUUUGACAAGAAAUAGAAUCCUGUCAGAUGCCAAAGAGUUGGGAUUUUUACGUUUAAUGAUUAAACACCAUUAUUUAUUGAUGAUUUACCCUGUGGAACUGUAUUAUUUCUAACUAUGAAAUAAAAGGGUGAUGUAAACACA